UUACGUCAGCUUUCAGCGCCGUCCCACUCAACCUGACAGAAAGUCGAGGACGUGAAGCAAUGAGACACCUUGGAAAUAUUAUUCUCUUCUUUGUGUUGCAGGACUUACAUUGCUUUCGGGGUAGUGAUGAUGUCCGGACAUGUGAGAAACGUCAGUUCUCCUGCAUAAAUGGAAGGUGUAUCCCGCGUAUCUGGGUGUGUGACGGGGAUAAAGACUGUGAAGACGGCAGUGAUGAGCUCCAUUGUGGGGAAAGGAAAUGCUCUGGGUUUGUGUGUAAGGAUGGUGGAUGCAUUGCUCAGGGUGCACUUUGUGAUGGCCGUACUGACUGCAGGGAUGGAUCAGAUGAGCUGGAGGAAGCCUGUGGUGCGUUUGCAUGCAGACGGGAUGAGUUUGCAUGCAGGAGCAGGCGAUGCGUGUCACUGAGUUUCCGCUGCGACGGCUCGGAUGACUGCGGAGAUGGCAGUGACGAGGCUGACUGUAAGAACUGCACUGCCGGCUCCUUCCGCUGUGUCCAGUCAGGGAGCUGUUUGCCGGCAGCCUAUCUGUGUGACGGCACUCCACACUGCCCCGGCGGGACGGACGAGCUUCACCAGGUGUGCGGCCUCCCCCCGCCCACCGCCCCCUCCUGUUCCAGCUCGGAGUUCAGGUGCGGGAAUGGGCAGUGCAUCUCUCACUCCUGGAGGUGCGACCACAGCCAGGACUGUGCUGAUGGGAGUGAUGAGAGAGAGUGUGAUCAGAACGAAUGUCUGGAAAACAAUGGAGGGUGUUCUCAUGUUUGCGUGGACCAGCCCCUGGGCUUUGUGUGCGACUGUCCUAGCGGAAUGAGGCUGGUGCGGGACACGCAGUGUGAGGAAAUCAACCAGUGCCUGGAUGCUGAUGUGUGCAGUCAGCUGUGCGUCCACGUCAACGGCACCUUCACCUGUGACUGUCAUGCAGGCUACCAGAAGAGCCCAGGGACAGGGGAGUGUAGGGCCACAGGGGAGGCCGCUCUGGUGGUUUUCAGUGGCUCAGGAGGGGUGCGGAGGAUUGACACUUCCGGGUUGGAGUACAGGGAGCUGGCAGGGGAUGUUGGGGGACCUGGUCCCCUGGCAGUCCACGCUGCAAACCGCACCGUCUACUGGGGAAAUUCCGAACAGGGUGCCAUUUACAGGAUGUCCCUAGAUCACUCUCAUGAGCCUGUCUUGGUGUUGGAUGGCCUUGGUGCCCCUGUGGGUUUGGCUGUGGAUUGGAUCCAUGGCCUUCUCUACUGGACUGAUGCCAGUGCCCGGUCAGUCAAUGUGGCACCACUGAACGGGUCCGAGCGGCUUGUGCUAAUUAGUGGGCUUUCUAAACCAACCGGUGUGGCUGUGGAACCUUUGCUGGGACUUAUGUUCUGGGCGGACAGUGGCAGCUCUUCGAGGAUUGAGCGGGCUAGUAUGGAUGGACAAGACCGAAUGGCCCUGGUCACCUCCGCUAUACACGGUCCUGUUGCCAUCUCUUUGGACAUGGCUCGUGGGCUGCUCUAUUGGGCGGACUCCGUGCUGCGCACAAUCUCGCGGGUCGGGCUGGACGGGCAACAUCGCAAAAUACUGGUGGAGUCGAAUGGAUAUCUGGACCGGCCUUUUGGAUUGGCGGUAUUUGAGGGACGUGUGUUUUGGAGCGACGAGGACACACGCUCGCUGUGCAGCGCUGACAAGCACAAUGGCAGCCUGUUCAGGGUCCUGCUGCCCAACAUCGGUGCUGCUGGAGGGUUAGCGGUUGCUCACUCUGCCCUUCAACCUGACGGCUAUGGGGUGUGCGGGCGCGCUGGGGAGCUGUGCCAAAACCGGUGUGUACCCAGGUUGUUCUCUCGCACCAAGGCUCCUCACUUCUCCUGUGAACCCCCUGCUGAGAGCACUAGCGUAGAUCGUAACUCCUCAGGCCCGGAGCAGGCACCGGUUCUUCCUGAUACCACCUCUGCAGGCGUCCUUUCUCUUAUAGUGGUGCUUAGUGUGAUUCUGAUUGGGCUGCUGCUGUUGUGGGGGAGAAGGGAGUGCAGACCCUCUCGGACCCUCAGUCUGCAUGGCGACAUCUUGCUGAAAGAGUCCCAGAACCCACUGGUACCCAUCAGGCGCUUGGAGACCUGUCCACUCAAGGACACGCUGAUAAAGGUGGACAUAGACUCUGACUGAGCCAGGCAUUCCUUUUUAAGAGCGUCAUGUGAUCAGACUACCGUGCUUCAAGUCUGUCUCAUUAGUUUCCUUUUGGUGGUGGGCCUGUCAGAGUGGCGAGGGCAGAGAGAAGGUUCGCAUCACAGCCUUCCAGAGUCCUGGAUGAUGUUUGUCAUCCAGCUGUUCGUCUCUUUUGUGUUCAAAUCGUUCCAUCUGAAUGAAUAAUCCGAAAAACAAGUACUGUCUUCAGUCUCACUGUGAUUUCUCGCGUAUGAUUUUGAUCAAGGACCUCGGACUUGAAAACUGACAAUGUUUGACAGGCCAAUAAUGUCUAGCGCACUCAUUACAUUAUUUUGAACAUUGUUUGUGCCUGCUUAAUCCUAAACUCCUGUUGACUGUAAAGCUAUUUUUCACAUUCAAGGUACAAUAAGUAUUAAAAGCCCCAUAUGAUUCAUAUUGAGCCAUGUGUUUUGCAGUGGCUUCACCUGUACAGGUUCCAAAGCCUGCUUUGAUGUAAUGAGACACUGUAGCAUGUCCUGCUAUAUCCCGAAUGCAUUUGAAACAAUAUCAUGAAGUAUGAAUCCUGCAACCUUCUUUUGUUGGACUUUUUCAAAUUUAUUUUAUUUAUUUUUUUUAGAAGUAUUUUUUUGGGAAUAGCAAUAGUGAAACUUGAACUAUCGGUCAGAGUAGAGCGCUUGUACCAAAUUGUUGGUUUACUCCUUUGAGCUGCUUUACAUGGCACUUGAAUGGUGCUAUGCGUACAUUUUGGGGUAUUGUUAUGUUACAUUCUUAUUUUGUAUCUAUGUACAUUUAGUGUUUAAAAAGCAGGCAAGCACUAUUACAGUGUUUUCAAGAAAAACCUGUCCCCGAAUGUGUGGCAUUUGUGUAUAUUUAUAUUUAUUGUACAGUGUAGCACUGAACAGGUGAAAUGCUCAUGAAUGAAAUUAAAUUAAAAUCAAAAGAUAUUUAGGUUUUUGUGAAACUACUGUAUUACUCCCUGGCACCCAUGGUUUUGUAUAUAACAAUUAGUUUUGAUAUUUUGUUCUAUUUAUUAUUCUCUUGAUCUGUUUUCUUGAAACAUGUUUUUCAAUGUUUUGUCUUGGCGCCUUUAAACAUUCUUAAUUAACAUGCUUGAACUCUAAAAUUGGUGAAAUUGAAUGCAAUAAAAACAUUUUUGUUCUCUA